CCAGGCACUCAUCCGUGCUUCUCCAGGGCACAACAUCUCUCAGAGGAGCAUACUGGUCCAAGAAGCAAGAGGCAAAGAAGAAAAUCACUCUGCAGGAGAAAUAAGGGAUGAAAAUGUCAUGGGCUUCCCUCAGCAGCUCCUGAUGUUACCACAAGGACCCUUCACCCUAGCCCAAGAUAAACUUGUGGCCAAAGCAGCCACAACCUCAGCUGCUGUUGUCACUUCACGGGCUGGGAGCUCUCCUGGAGAAAGAUAAGAGCGAGUUGAGACUUUAAUUGUACCUGUCAGGUUUGUGUGCAGGUAAAACGAUUUCCAGAGCUUGUCCUGGGUGAACAAAUGCUCCUGAGAUGUCCUCACAAGGCUCACGGUACCCAGCAAAGCUGACCAUAAACCCACGGGCCACUAGGUGGACUCACAAUAAACCAGAACUGCAGAAUGAGAGCUCCUGACUGGCUUCCACAUCUCUGGGAAGAACCUGCUCAAAGCAGAUGCACUAAGAGUGAGUCUCACCACAGGCAAGGACAGAAAACCCAGCAGCCUGCAUCCAGCCUCCACCACUUGGUCACCAGAUACUGGCUAGAACAUGGUCAACAGACCAAGCAAAAGUUUCUUUUGGCAGCUCCCUGGCAGAGCUGACCCUCCAGGAUGGGUGAGCCAAGAGUGUGGGGACAAGCACUUGCUCUCCAAGCUGGACUGCUGAUAGGGAUCAGAUAAAAACAGCCAGGCUGGAAGUCUGCAGGGCUGUAGGACAGACAUCAAGGCACCGCUGUGUGCUGAGUUUGCUUUCUCCAGCCAGGCUAGUGACCACAUCUAAGGCAGAAGAUCUGCCCCAGUGUUGCAAAACAGAUCUGCUUGGGAGCAGAGCAACCAAUAUUUCCAGCAGUGUUCCUGACAUCAGCCUUCCCUUACUUCCCAGUAGCCCAGCUGGUUGGGAUCACUGAUGGUGGAUAAAGGAGAUCCAGCUCUCCCACUAGCUUCAAACAGACUGAAUUAGCAUGGACUGCUAUGGGACAGCUCUGCUGGCAGAGAGUAGCUGUGCCAACACAGCUGUCAGUGAGGUGAGCCACCAGCCAGACCCUGUGUUCUUCCCCAGGGAUGAUAUCCACCACGCACCCACCUCAUCCUGUCCCAUCAUGGGGACACUGAAGCAGCAGGCUCAGAGGGCAAGCAAGGAAUGCCCUGGGGCAGAGUGGUGCUGCUGGGACAUGUCUGGACAGUGUCCCAUCCCAGGCCUCCCAAGAGGAGAAGCAAACCUGGUGGUCUGGAGCAUGGAGAAGCAGGUGUGCAGAACAUGGCCCUGGAGUGGACCCCAAAGCCACACAAACUUGUUCCCGUUGGAGCUACAAAUACUGGUGAUUUGAGAUUUGAGCUCAUCCCACACUGUUCUUGCGUGAGCAAGGACCAGAAAAAUGAAUAUCCAGGGGAAAGGCUUCCCCUUGGACCUUGGAGGAAGCUUCACUGAAGAUGCUCCAAGGCCACCGGUUCCAGGUGAGGAGGGAGAACUCGUGUCCACGGAUCCCAGGCCGGUUAGCCACGGUUUCUACUCCAGUAAAAGUGACGUGGUUAGAAAUGAGACGUCCACCGCGACACCGAGGCGCUCCGAUUUGGAUUUGGGGUACGAGCCUGAGGGGAGUGCAUCGCCAACUCCACCCUACCUGAAGUGGGCUGAGUCGCUGCACUCCUUGCUGGAUGACCAAGAUGGUAUCAACCUCUUCAGGACGUUCCUGAAACAGGAGGACUGCGCGGAUCUGCUGGACUUCUGGUUCGCCUGCAGCGGCUUCAGGAAGCUGGAGCCCUGCGCGUCCAACGAGGAAAAAAGACUCAAGCUGGCAAAAGCCAUUUACAAAAAAUACAUCCUGGACAACAACGGCAUCGUGUCCCGGCAGAUCAAACCAGCCACAAAGAGCUUCAUCAAAGACUGUGUCAUGAAACUGCAGAUUGACCCUGACAUGUUUGACCAGGCCCAAACAGAGAUCCAGUGCAUGAUAGAAGACAACACCUACCCCUUGUUCCUCAAGUCGGAUAUUUAUUUGGAAUACACAAGGACAGGUGGGGAAAGCCCCAAAAUUUACAGCGAUCCGAGCUCAGGGUCUGGGACCGGUAAAGGGCUGCCUGGUUAUCUGCCAACUCUGAAUGAGGAUGAGGAGUGGAAGUGUGACCAAGAGGCCGAGCCCGAGGCCAACAGGGACUCAGCACCUUCCAGCAGGCUCACGCAGAAGCUGCUCCUGGAGACGGUCCCGCAGCGUGCCGCCUCGGCGCGGCGCUACAGCGAGGGGAGAGAGUUCAGGCAUGGGUCGUGGAGAGAGCCUGUUAACCCUUACUAUGUCAACACAGGCUACGCUUUGGCCCCAGCCACCAGCGCCAACGACAGCGAGCAGCAGAGCAUGUCCAGCGAUGCCGACACGAUGUCUCUGACAGACAGCAGUGUAGAUGGGAUCCCUCCGUACAGGCUCCGCAAGCAGCAUCGCCGAGAGAUGCAAGAAAGUGCCAAAGCAAACGGACGAGUGCCACUACCUCACAUUCCUCGGACGUACCGAAUGCCAAAGGACAUCCACGUGGAGCCGGAGAAGUUUGCCGCAGAGCUGAUCAACCGCCUGGAGGAAGUGCAGAGGGAGCGCGAGGCGGAGGAGAAGCUGGAGGAGCGCCUCAAACGCGUUCGAGCGGAAGAAGAGGGUGAGGAUGCAGAUGUCUCUUCUGGGCCCUCAGUCCUUAGCCACAAGAUGCCUUCUGCCCAAGCCUUUCAUCACUUUGCUCCUCGUUACGCUGAGAUGGGCUGUGCUGGGAUGCAGAUGAGGGAUGCCCACGAGGAAAACCCCGAGAGCAUCCUGGAUGAGCACGUGCAGCGUGUGAUGAAGACCCCAGGCUGCCAGUCCCCGGGGCCCGGCCGCCACUCUCCCAAGCCGCGGUCCCCCGAGAGCGGCCACCUGGGGAAGCUGGCAGGGACACUGGGCACCGCUCCUCCGGGGCACGGCAAGCACGCAACCAAAUCAGGAAUGAAACUGGAUGCAGCUAACUUGUACCACCACAAACACAUCUACCACCACAUCCAUCACCACAGCGGGAUGAAGCCAAAAGAGCAGAUCGAGGCCGAGGCCACGCAGCGGGUGCAGAGCAGCUUCGCCUGGAACGUCGAUCCGCACAACUAUGCAACCAAGGCACGGAACUACACCGAGAGCUUGGGCAUGGCCCCCGGCCCCAUGGACUCCUUAGGCUACAGUGGGAAAGCCAGUCUGCUCUCCAAAAGAAAUGGUAAGAAGACUGAUUCAGGGAAAAGUGAUGGUGCCAACUAUGAGAUGCCAGGAUCUCCUGAAGACGUGGAGAGAAACCAGAAGAUCCUUCAGUGGAUCAUAGAAGGAGAGAAGGAGAUCAGCAGGCAUAAGAAAACAAACCAUGGCUCUUCAGGUGCUAAGAAGCAGCUGUCCCAUGACGUGGGCAGACCUCUCUCCAUCGAGCGACCUGUGGCGGUGCAUCCCUGGGUCAGCGCCCAGCUCCGGAACGUCGUCCAACCCUCGCACCCCUUCAUCCAGGAUCCUACCAUGCCGCCCAACCCAGCCCCCAACCCUCUCACCCAGCUGGAGGAAGCUCGCAGGAGGUUGGAGGAGGAGGAAAAAAGGGCUGGAAAACUCCCUCCUAAGCAAAGGUUGAAGCCCCAGAAGAGGCCGGGCAGUGGCACCUCCCAGCCGUGUGAGAACAUCGUGGUCGCCUACUACUUCUGCGGGGAGCCCAUCCCCUACCGCACCCUCGUCAAAGGGCGUGUGGUGACACUGGGACAGUUCAAGGAGCUGCUGACUAAGAAAGGGAACUACAGGUAUUACUUCAAGAAAGUGAGUGACGAGUUCGACUGCGGCGUGGUGUUCGAGGAGGUGCGGGAGGACGACACCAUCCUGCCCAUCUUCGAGGAGAAGAUCAUCGGCAAGGUGGAGAAGAUUGACUAAGCUCCAGAGCUGCCAAGGCAUGAGGACAGGACUGUGAAAGACUCUGGGACCCGCAGGAGAGGGCCUGGGGCAGACGCUGGCAGCGCUGCUGCUGGCAGGUGCCAGCUGAGCCCAGGGCAGAGGGCGGCAAUCUGCCCUGCUCUGGCACGGACCUGGGCGAGCUCCCAGCUGCCGGUGGACAUCGUCUCACCUGAGGGAGCUGCUGGUGGGAGCCUGAGCUCCCUCUCCAUGCCGAAUUUAAGUGUAAUGUAGCAUUGUACAGUGCGUUAGAAAGUGUAAUAUGACCUUGUUUACUAAAGCUGCAUAUUUUUGAUAUAUUGUAAUAAAAGGAGAAUAUUUCCCAUGUCACAGUGCUCUUAUGUCAGUGUCCAACCUGCAGGUACUGCACAGCCAGUGCCCAGCUGCUCCUCGCCUCCACAGCCCCCUGUCCCCCACUGGGGACGGCCUCAGAGCGGUGCCGGGGCAGAGCUGCUGUCCCCCAGCCAACAUGGAAGGCCCUGCUCGAGAGGGGCUGUGGCUCAGCUCACCUCAGAAGACCAUUGAGUCAUUCAGAACAAGGUGGUCUCCCACCUGCCUGGCAGUCUCAGCUGCUGGAUGUGAUAGGAUGGUUUUGUUCCUCCUGAGCUUUCUUGUGACCAACUGAAUCCCCAAAGGCUGUCUAGGUCAGUGCCAGCUCACCGGGCUGGGGCUUCCCAUGGGGUGAGGUGCAGCUCA